CUUAAUGACCUCCAUUUGCGCAUUAAUUCUAGAUGACUCAAAUCUGGUAAAUUUUGUUCUUGGUCUUUAAACAAGCAAAAAUUUCCCACACAUAACGAUCUUAAUGUGUGCCGAGAAUUAUUCUUGGGUUGUAAACAUUUUCAGAAUAUUAUAAGCAUCGACGAGAUAACUAUGGACUACAUUUUGCUCGUUCGACACUUUAACUCAAGAGAGAUAAUUCAUGACAGAAAAAUGGACGACAGUGUGCCUUUUAUUUCCUCUUCUCAUAGCAGUGCCUGAUAGCAGUGUUUUGGCUAUUUUCACUGGAUAUUUCUUGAUAGUAUGAAAUGUUUGUCUACUGGUUGGGAACAGAACACAAAAGACAUUUUGAAUUCAAAUUGUGAACACUAUGGAUGAUGUCUUCUCUUAAACAAUCAAAGUGUUUCUUAUAUUGUAAAUUUAAGACUCCAGUCUGCUGAAAUGGCAGCAAACAGAAUCAAAGGUUUAGUUAGUAGGAACAAGCGACGUUUGAAAGAGGAUGGAUUUGAUCUGGACCUCACAUAUAUUACUCCCAACAUUAUUGCCAUGGGUUUUCCUGCAGAAAAGCUUGAAGGCUACUACAGGAAUCACAUGGAAGAUGUCAUAAAGUUUUUAGAAGCCAAGCACAAGGACCACUACAAAGUGUACAACUUAUGUUCGGAGCGCAGCUAUGAUCCCAACAAAUUUCUAAAUCGCGUUGCUCAUUAUCCGUUUGAUGACCACAAUCCACCCAGGAUUGAACUCAUUAAACCAUUCUGUGAGGAUCUAGAUGCAUGGCUUGGUCAGCACCCGGACAACAUUGCAGCUAUCCACUGCAAAGCGGGAAAAGGCAGGACAGGUGUGAUGAUAUGUGCCUACUUGCUACACCGGAAACGUUUCAAGGAUCCGGAUUCAGCUCUCAGGCACUAUGGCGCUACGCGUACAAGAGAUGAAAAGGGUGUGACUAUCCCAAGUCAACGGCGCUAUGUAUUGUACUAUGCUGACCUUCUAAAGCCAGGAGUUAUGUAUAGGCAGGUCAGCCUUCUGCUGAAAGGAAUCAAGUUUGAAACCAUUCCUAUGUUUAGCAGUGGCUCUUGCAGUAAGUUUGCAGUUUAUUUCUCACCUUUUUUUAAAGUGAAAUCUAAUACAGUAGAAGUUGUUUGAGAGCAUUGCAGGUAG